CGACUUUGCCCUUGCGGAUCUAUGACGUCAUGACAUGCGCAGAGUGUAUCCUUCGAGUCCCGCCUAGCCAGUUUUUCCAGUGCCUUUACAACGUGGCUGCCAGCGGCCAUGGCGGACAAAAGGGGCAAAAAUAGCGACGGAAAAAAGAACACGGAAAAGGAAGAGACGAUAGAGAUGGUGAGGUUUGGCGGCAGAGGAUCUAGAAAGACCGAGUUCCGUCGUCCAACCGGCGUCGCCGUCUCUCAGGCUUCGGAAAUCUUCAUCGCCGAUUGCUCGAACGAGCGUAUCAUGGUGUGUGACACCCGUGGGAAGGUCGUUCGCAUGUUUAACACGGCUGUGAAGGGGAUUUUUAAAGCCAAGCUCUUCAAGCCACAUGAUGUCACCGUAGACAAGGACGGUAACCUCUGGGUCGUAGGGACAAUCAUCGUGAACGAAAAGAAGCUUCUUUAUGACAACCUGCUCGUCCAGUUCUCAACAGAAGGACGCUUCCUGACAAAGCUAGACCUUCCCCUUACAGGUGUCACCAGCGGUGUUGCUGUUAGACCAUGUAUUUUUCCACCAGAUCCACCUGCACCAAAGGCAACCAGUAGUUCUAAGAAGAAAAGCAGCACGUCGGAAGAAAAAGAAGAAAAGGUCGCUGUAUAUCCUGCAAAUCCGCUAGAGAUUGUUUUCACCGACCAGCGUUCAAGAAUGGUAGAGAGGAAAGGAUAUAGUGAAAGUUGUGUCAACGUCAUCACACCUGACGGCGAGCCAGUGAAAGUCGUGGGGCCCAGAAACACAAGGAAGCCGACCGGCGUUGCAGUGAAUCAGAAAGGAGACCUUUACGUUACCGACAGUUGGCUGCACUGCGUCCAUGUUUUCAUGGAAGGACGCGAAGUGACGAAGAAGUAUAAGAAGUUUGGAAGGUUCGGUAGCGGGGAUGGACAGUUGGACUCUCCGCACGGUAUCUGCUUGGACCUGAAGGGUAACGUCAUCGUGGUGGACAGGGGGAACUGGCGGGUGAGCGUGUUCGACAGCGAAGGCAAGUUUGUGCGGCACAUCAUGACGGACAUGCCGGACUUGUGCGCUGUGGCGGCAGGACCCAACUUUCUUGUGGUCACUUGUGUUGGUCAUUGUGGCACGGAUACUGCCACUAUCAUUCCAUACAGUCAAUAGUUAUGUAAGUGUAAGUUUUAACACGCAGAUGCUAGAGUCUUGCCGCUAAUAUAUCAUCUAUUUGAUCCAAAUCCGGUCCUUACGUAGAAUGAAAAAUACGACAUUACCACUCUACAAAAAUAUUUAAUGAAAUAGACGAACUUUGAUGUAUGCUGCUUGCUGCCUUUUUACUUAAGUAUUUGUCUAAUAUUUAUCUAUUUGUUUGUUGAUUGAGAUUCUCAGAAUGAAAUCUAAUAGGCGUUGGUAACAGGAUCUAGUGUAUUUUUUACAAAAUAGUAACGUCAAAGCUUACCAUUUUAGUAUAAUUUGGGGGAGUAAUAUAUUUGUUACUGCACUAAUAACAACAACAAAAUAGUACAAUAUCUGAAGUAGUAUUCGUUGACUUAUGUUGCACGUGUAUAACAGACAUUGAGACAACACCUUGAGGUGAUUUUCACAACCUUCACACUUGAUUUACUAAUAAACGAAUUUAAGAAAAAUGAAUAGAUUAUCAAUAGAGCCGACAGCACGCAGACAGCAGUUGAGAGAAAGUUGGCAACCAUUGUGACAGCCACGCCCCCUGUCGGAACUGUAGGAAACUGCACGUCUGUCACAUAGUCUGACCGACAUGAAAAGUUUAUAUGUUGCUGAUUUCAUUUUGUUGCAUGUAAUUCAAUUAAAGUGCUAGAUGAAACUA